AUGGAAUCUAACUCAAUGGCAGCUGAUGCAAGUACUUCUGACGUACACGAGCUGCCCAAGGAAAUGAAUGAGAUGAAAAUUCGAGAGGAUAAACCAGAAAACUAUAAAGAUAACACAAAGGAUAUGGAACCAACUGUUGUUACCGGCAAUGGGACUGAAACCGGUCAGAUAAUCGUAACUUCAAUUGGCGGCCGAAAUGGACAGCCGAAGCAGACAAUGUCUUAUAUGGCAGAACGUGUUGUUGGGACAGGUUCUUUCGGAGUUGUAUACCAGGCUAAGUGCCUCGAAACAGGUGAAUCGGUUGCUAUAAAGAAAGUGCUACAGGAUAGAAGGUAUAAAAACAGGGAACUUCAGAUAAUGCGCUUGCUCAACCAUCCUAAUGUUAUUCAGCUCAAGCAUUAUUUCUAUUCAACUACUGAAUCGAACGAGGUUUACCUUAACCUUGUGCUCGAGUAUGUAUCCGAAACUGUUUACCGUACGUCUAGGCAUUACAGUCGAGCAAACCAGUACAUGCCUAUUAUAUAUGUGCAGCUUUAUACUUAUCAGAUAUGCCGUGCUUUGAGUUAUAUGCAUAGAGUCAUUGGUGUAUGCCAUCGGGACAUUAAACCCCAGAAUCUUUUGGUUAAUCCUCACACACAUCAGCUUAAGCUUUGUGAUUUGGGAAGUGCAAAGAUGCUGGUACCUGGUGAACCAAAUAUCUCGUACAUUUGCUCUCGUUAUUACAGGGCUCCCGAACUAAUAUUUGGGGCCACAGAGUACACAACUGCAAUUGAUAUGUGGUCGGCUGGUUGUGUUAUGGCCGAGUUACUUCUUGGGCAUCCUCUAUUUCCUGGGGAAAGCAGUGUUGAUCAGCUAGUCGAAAUAAUUAAGGUUUUGGGUACACCGACAAGAGAGGAAAUCAAGUGCAUGAAUCCAAAUUACAGUGAAUUCAAGUUCCCUCAGAUUAAAGCCCACCCUUGGCACAAGGUAUUUCAUAAGAGAAUACCACCCGAAGCAGUGGAUUUAGUCUCAAGGCUACUCCAGUAUUCGCCUACACUAAGAUUUACUGCAUUGGAGGCUUGUGCGCACCCCUUCUUUGACGACUUGAGAGAAUCGAACGCGUGCUUGCCUAAUGGGCGACCAUUACCGCCCCUUUUCAAUUUUACUGCCGAAGAACUGGCUGGUGCACCUUCCGAGCUUCUAAAACGACUAAUUCCAGACCAUUGCAAGCAGUGA